AUGAUGGACACAACCACACUACUGUUUCCAUCGGAGGAUGUUCCUCCAAGACCACCGCCUGAUUUGGUUCUUCCAUUCGGCCCCCGGACAUUUCUCGCCUUGGUUGGAUCCUUUGUGCUGGUGUUCGAGGUCCUUUACAGUACUGGCCAAAAAGCCGGGGAACAAGACCGUGGCAACAAUAAUGAUGCCAUCAGCAAGAAGGAAGGUGAUCAGAACCAGCUGCAAGGCAAUAUCUACCGACGAAUCUUGUUGUCGUCAGAGGAAUGGAGAAUGAUUGGAUGGACCAUCUAUGCAGUGUCACACUUGAUACCCUCGGAUAACAUGGAUGAUGCUUUUGUGACCGCCAAGAUCACAAUGAUUUCCAAUGUGACGGCAUUUGCCAGUGCUCUUGUCUUGGGGUGGAUGCUCUGUACAACAAGAGCUAACACUGGUAGCACCACUGUACUUCAAUACUGGGGUUCUCAACCAAACAACAACGAGCACAACAACGCCCCAUUUCUACUCGUAUUGGCCGCCAAUUCCAUGUUGCUGACCAUCGUGGGUGGUCCAGGCAACCAGCUGCUGCUCCUGUGCCGGGUCAUGGGAAUGCUUGCCAUUAUGGCGUCACUCAAAAUUCUUGGAAACAUUCGGAAACUAGGAGAUUCCUGGGAACGUUUUGCUCGACCCAAUCCAUUGGUCUACCACGCCGGUGGCCCCAUGCUCAUUCUGGGGUGGUUCCUCUUUCUCAUUGGGACCACCGCUGUCACGGGAGACAGUUUCCGACAGUUUUUACUAUCAUCAUCAUCACUUGUCCAGUAUAUUCCAAUCUACUUGACACUACGAUUGCAGUUACUCCUCGCUGCGGGACUGGGAAUGGUCCCCAUUGUCAUGCUUCUAGAUGAAGGUCCCGAGUUGACAUCCAUGGUCUCGGAUGGAAUGGUCGAUUCCAUGGAUGGGUCCAUGAGGAUGCCAUAUUUUUCGUGA